AUGGAUAAACAGUCCACAGUGGUGUUUCGAAAUGUGGGGCAACUGUACUUCCCCCAGAGCAGAGUGGAUUGCCACUACAGUCUUACCUCUGACCACCAGUGGAGCAGUGGUGACUGGAUAGGGAUUUUUGAGAUGAGCUGUUCCUCACUGAAACAGUACUACACAUAUACAUGGGCUGUUGUUCCUGAAGGCUACACUCAGGGUACCAGUGUCAACUGCUGUGCACUUUUCCAGGCAUCCUACCUGCCCCGUCCCAGUGCUCUGGAGUAUCAGUUUAUCUAUGUGGAUUCGAUUGGAGAGGUGUGUGCCCGUAGUCGCUCCUUCACUUUCCGUACUCCCAGGCCGCUGGAGGAGCUGGAGACUCUGAGAGAGGAACAAGAUGAAGAGGAUGGAGAGGAGGAGCUGGUCCUCGUCAUCCCCAGGGCUCAGCUGUUGCAGAGUCAGCUGGAGGAGUGCUUAAAAAAACAAGCCAAUAUACAGCAGGCUCUGGAUGAGGCAAAAGAGGAGACACAGCACGAGAAAAGGAACAGUCACCAAGCAAGGGUGGAGUGGGAGUGUGAAAGAGAAGCAAUGAAGGAGGAGCUCUCAGAGCUUAGAGACAACUUGAGACUUAACUGUGAGAUGUUGAAGAAGAUGGAGGGAAAACACAAGAAUGUGAAAUAUAGUCAGGACAAUCUGACAUAUGAACUGAGUAAACUCAUGGAUGAAAAAGCUGAGAGCCAGCAGCGAAUUAAAGAUCUGGAGGAGGACAUCAAGGUCCUGAACGACAUGAAGAAAGAGGAAAACGGCGACCUGCAAAGUCUGAAGGAGAGAGUGAAGAAAAUGUCCAGUCAAAUGAGACAUGAUGAGGAAAAGAAAAAGCGCCUGCAGGUGGAGAACCAGGCUGCCCUGGCGGAGGUACGAGGGCUGCAGGAGCGUCUGGAUGCUAGUGAGCAUGCAGCCGAGGGCCUGCGUAGGGAGCUGAGAGAGCUGGGCACCCGUCAGGGCCAUACCAACACUGAGUUGCAUCAAGCCCGGCUGCAAGUUGCGCAGCUAACCCUGCUGCUGUCUGAGGAGAACCUGGUCCUCAGGGAGGAGCGUGCCAACUGGGCUCUAGAGAGAGAGGCUUACAAACUUGCAGCAGAAACAGAUACGAAGAAAUUACAAGAACUGAGCUAUGAGGUGCAGAGGAAGGAGGAGUGGCUCCAGGAGGAGAGGAUGGAGAGGGAGAAACUAGAAGUAAAGCUUGGACAAGAGAGAGAUUGCAAUCAAGUGCUGCUGGGUGACACUAAGCAAGAGCUACAGGAGCUGAAGGCCAGUGUGAGGAAAGCCCAGAAAGAGAGAGAGGAGCAGGAGGCCGACAAACAGGAUGUGACGAGACAGCGCUGUGAGCCCAAAGCUGGUGAAGAGAAGCUGCUGAUGCUACCAGAACUCAUGGAACCCGUCCUGAGUGAGCUGGCCGACUCCCCCAUGUGGUAA